UAUUUUUCGGGAAAGAAGCGUAAUUUUAAACAACAUGUGCGCUGAAAAAGUCCCGAACACGUUAGAAAUCAGUGAUGUGGAGAUUAGAUUGGAAAUGGUCAAGUUCGAGUAAAAUUAUCGUCAGAAAUAUAUUCUCUCCAGUCGUGACUCGGUCGGUGCUCGGAACCCUUUGUGUUCGGAAAGGCUUCUGCUCGAAGCUUGAAGAGAGUGAAGCUUUUAGAUGUUAGCCAUAUUGUGUCGGUGGUGUCAAUAAAAAUAAUAAUAGUGAUUUUCUUCAAUUUUAUCUUGUAUGUGCAAAGGCUUCUGGCCAAGUAUGAACACUUUUCUCAACAGACGCUCCUCAUAGCAAUGGCGGCAUCUAGGAAAUUACAGGGUGAAAUUGACAGGUGUCUGAAAAAGGUUGCAGAAGGUGUAGAGCAAUUUGAGGACAUUUGGCAAAAGGUACACAAUGCGACGAACAGCAACCAAAAGGAAAAAUAUGAGGCCGAUCUCAAGAAAGAGAUUAAAAAGCUACAGAGAUUGCGAGACCAGAUUAAGUCCUGGUUGACAUCCGGUGAAAUUAAGGACAAAUCUCAACUUCUUGAUAAUCGAAAGUUGAUAGAGACGCAAAUGGAGAGAUUUAAAGUAGUAGAAAGAGAGACAAAGACCAAAGCCUAUAGUAAGGAAGGGCUUGGGGCAGCACAAAAUAAGGACCCAAUCCAAAGAGAAAGAGAGGAGAUUAACAGUUGGCUAAGUUCCUCUAUAGACACAUUAAAUAUACAGAUGGACCAAUUUGAAUCGGAAAUUGAAUCUUUAUUAGCAACCCAAAAAAAGAAGAAAAUGGACAAAGAUAAGUCUGACAGAAUAGAGGACCUCAAGGAAUUUAUAGAUCGCCAUCAAUAUCAUAUCAAGAAACUUGAGAUCCUCAUGAGGAUGUUGGAUAAUCAAUCAAUAGAUUGUGAGCAGAUAAAGCUUAUAAAAGAAGAUGUCGAAUAUUAUAUUGAAAGUUCUCAAGACCCAGAUUUCAGUGAGAACCUAGCGUUAUAUGAUGACAUAGAUAUGGACGACCUUGACUACCCCACACCUGAAAUAACUGUAGGCAAACACGUACUUGGUAGUCAUGAAAGCACUGAUGGAUCAACCCCAUCGUCAGUUUGUGGGUCUUCGCCAGCGCCAUCCCCUGCCACUAACCAUUCCAAUGACCAUGACGCUCCCACCACACCACACGAGAAGAAGAGAAGUAAAAAUGAAGAGUCCAGAUCAGUCAGUUCGACCAGUCAACCUGUAAAACCAUUAGUUGUAAGACCAACGAGUAAUAGUAUCUCGAGCAACAGUUGUCUCAGCACGAACAGCAGUAAUUCCAAUAGUACCAGUUCUAUAUCGACUACAUCCAUCGUUGUCAACUCAAACUCGUCAUCUAAAGCGACGCCUCCUCCAUCCACCCCAACAAAACACAUACCUGGUUCAACGUCUCACACUACCCCAAAUAAUAGUAGCACAAGUUCAGGCAAUUCAAAUCAUCUAAUCACCUCAAUAUCACAAAACAGCACAGGCAGUAUGAAGGAGAGUACCAUCAUGAGCUGGAAUGGACUAGAUGCAGGAAGACAGUCGCCUGAACCCAGUGGGUUAAUUAAUAGUGGUAUAGUUAAUAGUGAAACUGGGACGGGCAGUAGCAGUAGCAACAGCAGCAGCAGCAGCAGUAGUAGCAGCAGCAGCAGCAGCAGUUGCAGUAACAGUAGCAUUAACAGCAGUUCUAAUGGUGUAAGUUGUGGAGUAAGCAGUAGUGUCAGCGUGACCUCACCGCAGGGAAGUUUAACGGGCAGUGCCAAUACAACUCCAGCAAUACCUUCUGGUGCACCAACGCCUUCCUCAGUGCCACAUCAAGGCAGUACACCUACUUUGAAUGCUGCAGAGACAGUAUCAUUAAAAGCUAUAGCACAGAAAAAAGUUAAUGAAGUCAAUUCCACAUCGAUUCCAGCAUCAGUGUUGGAAGUAAACAGUUGCGUUGUAAGCAGCAGUACCACAACUAUUAGUAAUUCUAAUAGUAAUAACAACACUACUAGUACGAAUACCUCGGGGAAAGCAGGGACAUGUGAAGCUCACAUUCCUCCACUAUUGGGAGUAGCUCCACUAGGACCUCUACAGUUGACAGUUGAACAUGAAAUGCAGUUUAAGAUGCUACAGGCGGCCUUCUAUCACAUGCCUCACCCGUCCGACUCGGAAAGAUUAAGAGUGCACUUACCACGCCAGCCAUACCAGACGCCGCAUUACUAUCCGCAGGUCACUCCUCCCUUGUCAGACACUGUAGAUUUCUUUCAACGGCUCUCGACGGAAACUCUUUUCUUUAUUUUUUAUUAUAUGGAGGGUACUAAAGCACAGUACUUGGCAGCAAAAGCUCUUAAAAAGCAGUCCUGGAGAUUUCAUACGAAAUACAUGAUGUGGUUCCAGCGGCAUGAAGAGCCAAAGGCAAUCACUGAUGAAUAUGAACAGGGCACAUAUAUCUACUUCGACUAUGAGAACUGGGGCCAGCGUAAAAAGGAAAACUUUACGUUUGAGUACCGGUUCUUGGAAGACCGGGAUCUGAACUAAGGGCGUCCAGAGAUAACCGGAUCUCAUGCACACUCUUCUCAGUACAUUUCCACUCUGGGAUUUGUUGUGCUUCUUAAAAAAGAGUGAUAAUUAUAUAUAUGACUAGAAAGAGUUAAAAGAGAGUAGUGAAGUGGGUGGGACUGAGUCAGGUUGGUUGGGAAAACAAACCCUUCUCAGACCAAACUCUGCUCCAAUCUGUUCACUAUUUCUCUUGCUGUUGUUUGUGUAUUCCCAACCCAAGUCAGUGUCAUAGCUGCCACAACCACUGUCACACCAUGAAGAGUGAUAGUGUCGUAUCUAUUCCAUGGAGAAAUUUUAUGUAUUUUUCCCUGUCAGAAAAAAAAGAUAUAUUUUUAAGAGGAACAAUUCUUCUCUUGCACAUGCCCAAACUUGUGUUCACUUUGGCUGUCCAUGAAGUUUGUGUAUUUUGAGUUUUGUGUACUACAUGAAAUGAUGUUUGAUCUCGUCCUUAACAGAGGCAAGAGUUAGAUAUGUAAGUUUUCUGCAUUAUGCAUUAUUGCUCAAAUUUUCUGGAUGCAGCAUUUGUGCAGAUUUUUCCUGCCAAAAUUUUUUAAAGAUAGUAAUGACUUUAAAGAUUUACUACUGAAUAAAUAAGGUAUACCAAAGAUCUGUGAUGUUGUUGCCUGCCAGUCAAGAGUUGCACCUUUUUCAAGUGCUAAACUCUGACAGGUAAAGGAUGUUCCAUUACAACCAGGAAUAACAAGGUGAAAUAGAAGCAUUACAGAAUCACACCUGGAGAUCAUCAUCAUCCAUCUGGAUAUUAGUUGCUUUCACUGAUGUACAGUAAGUUAAAAUUACCUUUGUUAUUAAAAAUUGUUAUUUAUACUUUUAAUUUAUCAAAAAAUUGUAUGUUGGGUGCAUAUGUUCUUUAUGAUCAAAUAGUGGGACUGAAGGUUUAAUUUUGUUAACUUCAUAGACCUCAGAUUUGUAUGCCCAAAUGAAUUCACUGUGGUUCACCGAUGUUGAAGUAAGUAAUAGUAAAGAACUGCUACCUGUUUGAUUGUGCUGAGAAAGUCUGGUGGCAAUGGAGCAUAAGUGGUUAGUUGAUUGAAUGGUUUCACCAUAGCUCAGGUCAGAUUACGUUGUCCCUGUGUACGAGUGAAACACAAGCACUGUAACUUAUUAAGAUCUUCAUUGUUUUAGUUUUCGUUUAUAUCGCAAGAGAAUGCUACUGAAUUUUGUUGUAGUUUUGGGAAAGAUCUGAAGAGCAGUUCACCAUGGGUUUUUACUUUCGGUUUUGAAAGACGAAUCAUUAUUUUGCAUAAACAUUUGUUUUUAUGUUUGGUCAGUGAUCAAGUAAUAGUGGGAGAAAAAUUUUUGUUAAUGGUUAUAUUAUAUUAGCAUUAUAUGUUAUUUAGUAAGAAUAAAAAUUAUUAAGGCAGUAACUUGCUCAAGGACAAAGUACAGCUAACAUGCUUAUGAAGCCCCAGACUGAGAGUCCAGCAGAAAGAGUAGGAUCAUGUAGAUAGUGUACAGUCGUUGUAGACUUUUUAUACAGUGUAAAUGCUAUUUUUAUACUGUCCCUGGCAUCCCUUAAGAGGUAUGCAGUAUGUCUGAUACUGGACUGCUUUUCUUGGUUGCUUUGGAACAUUGGUGAAAUUUAUACAUAUACAGUGGAUGCAGAAAGUUUUGUUACACUAAUUACUUGAAUGAUCAACUGGUUGUGUAAUCAGUGCUGCUUUGUCUUGGGGAUUUUUAUGGGUUUAUGCUCUUUAUCAAUUAUGGAUGGGGGGUAUUUUGCCCUUUUUUGUAUUCAUAUUUUUUUACAGAGAAAAUUUUUAUUUUAAUGUACAUCAAUUUUUUCCCUGUUUGGAAGCUGAACUUCAUUUGUUGUAAUAGAAAUUUUUGGUAUUUUUAUUCAGUUUUACAUGCAGCUGCUCUCAAAGUAAUAAAUAAAAUCCUUCUUGAGGAGAAUUUCUCAGGCAGUAAUUCUGACAAGAGUUAACCCCAUAAGAACCCUAGUCCUCAUGUAUUUUGUGCAGUGUUCUGGAUUGACAAUUAUUUCAUCACAGAAGUAGUUAAUUGUGACAACUUUUUGCAUAUAUUUAUGUACAUUUAUAUAUGCAUAUUUAUAUAUAUUUAUAUACACAGUAUGUAUUUUACAUGCCAUCUUUAUAUGUUAGCCUAUCUUAGUGAUAUGCUUCUGUGUAUUUGGCACUACAUACAUGUAUAUAUUUAUAUAUUUACAUAUAUUUAUAUAUAAAUACGGUAUAUGCAGAGCUAAUACGGCAGGAACGUGAGGUUUUGUGCUAAUAGGGAUUGCAUAAAAGGGAACACAUUUACAUUAAAACUGGAAGUACAAGAUUAAAAUGUAUUGGUUUUGCAAAUGCAAAUUUUCAUAGUAUGAUUUAGGUAAGUGUUUGUAUUAUGGAGUUCUUAAAUAGGUUAUAUAAAAACUGGAAAUUGGGGGACUAAAAAUAAGUUGGCAAGUUAUGCUGUUGAAACCAGGAUGUGGUGUAUACUUAGAUCUGAUUUUGAAUGUAUAUUUUCUUCCUGCAGAUCAGUGGAACUUUUCAUUCUUUUUCUUUUCACUGGUAUUGAGUAAUGCCUUGAGUUUUUUGGUAUUGGUAUUUUAUUUAACAAAAAGCAUCCGUUACAGUGUUAGUGUCUAAAGACCAAUUAGUGCUAUCCAAAGAUACUGCUAUAAGAUUAAAACCCAAUGCCUCUUGACUAAAGUGGAUUAGUAAAGUCAGUAAUGAUUACAUAAAGUAGGUUUUGGAAAUUGUUAAAAAAAAUUUGUGCAUUCUUAUGAAUCAAGUAGUUCAGGAAUAUUUUCUUUAAAGAAAAGUGAAAUACAGUAAACCAAAAGUUUCUUUUUCUUUGUACAUAUAUGUGUAAAUUACUUGGAAUUGAAUAGCUUGUACAGAAUUUUGACAGCAUUUAUUAUUGCCCAUACAAAUACUGUAAUACACCUCAGUUAUGUAUAUCCUAAUCUGUAAUGUGAAUGGGUUAGGUGUAUGGUAUGGAACUACUGUACUGUAUGGGUUUUUAUUGCAAAAGCAAAUUAAAGUGGAUUGAGAUGUUCUUUCCAUGCAGUAUGAACUUGUAAGGAUGUGGAAAUGUACUUUUACAUUAACUAGAUGUUGCUUUAUUUAUUUUUUAGUAUGGUAUUCAGGUGAUGAUAGAAUUUAUCAAAAUUUCUUUAAAGUUGAAGAGAAAGAGUAAUUCAGCUUCUGAAGUUUGAUAUAUAUGUAUAGAUGAUCUUUGAACUGGAAAAUAGUUAAAUUUUCAAGGUACAAAGCAAGUUAAUUUGUACAAGAAAUUUGUGUUUAUUGUAUAUAAUGUUAAGAAAGGUACAAGAUUUUAUUACCAAACAGUAAAUAAGAUUUUUCCUUUAAGCUGAUUUUUUAUAGAUCAUAUCUUUGUCAGAGUAGAUUUGCAUGACUGUACAUUUUAAAUUUUACUUUUUAGUUUGUGAAUGGUAUUAUUACCAUGGAGAAGCAGUGAAUGCUAUACAUUUUGGUUUCCCAAAGUGAGAUAGUUUGAAAUUUUUAUUGAUUAGGCAUUUUCUGAUUAUAUCAACAAAUGUUAGAGAAUUCUUUAAUAACCAAGCAUUAACUGGUAUGUACUGUACACGCACAUCACACGCACAUAUCCAUCCAGUGGGACAUUUCAUCCAUCCAUGAAGUUCAUUACAUUUUUUAAAUUUGAAAAACUUAUUUAGGUAAAUUACUUUUAACACAUGGAGAGGCAUGACAGUUCUAGGUAUUCAUCAUUCAUUCACACGUCAUACAUACAUAAAUAAAUUAGACAACCCUGCCGUAUGCAUAAAGUUAAAAAAAGCUCAGAAUAGAGGUACUCGAACCAAGUUAAUGUUAAUGAAAGUGGUAAACAUCAGUAUGGUUAUGACAAAACAACUAAGGAUUUGACUACUAAUUAACAUGAGGAUGUUAGCAGGUGUUUGAAAACACCUGGUUAUUCAUUGUGCAUGCAUAUGUAGACGUAUUUCUAUUUUUACAUCCAACCUUGUUUUGUGUUGGUUGUAAAAAUGGAUGUAUUUUUACAUGUACAUAUGAUUACGUAUAUGCAGACUACUGUAUAUGAUAUUCAUGAAAUGCUUUGUAUCUCUGUAAAUGAUGGUAAAUGUUAACUGAUUAAUGGUCAUGGUACCUUUUCAUAAUUUGUGCAACAUCAAAUAUCUCAAAACUGAAAGAAUGUGGUAAAUUUAACUAUUUUUAGUAUUCAGGUUCUGUUACUUUUGAAGCAUAUUUCAUUAAAUAUACCUUCCAGUGGACAGUGGAUCUAAAAACUUUUAAGUGACCACUUCGAGCUUGCAUAUCAAAUUUUGAAGUACAGCAUGUUAAGUACUGUUUGACUAGAACUACUAUGUCUUUUCAUAUCCUGUCAAAGAAGCUCCUUACAUAUUUGCAUAAAACAUUGUCUCCUUGUACAUGUUAAAUUCUGCAUUAUCAGCCAUUCCAACCAUUGAUAUCCCAGUAACCUUACAAAGAAAUGACUAAGAAUGAGGUCGAAUUAAUAAUUGGCAAUGUAAACAGUUCACGUCCAUUGUAAUAAGGUAUUUGUGAAAGCUUUUUGCAUUUUAUCAGCAUUGCUUGCAUUCUCAUAUUAUUAUAUAGUAUACUUGUUUUGUCCUUUAACCUAAAUUUUUUUUUACUAGAACCAAUACUGUAUUGGCUUUUGAAAAAUUGCAGUUAAAUUUAUUGCUGAUUUUGUCCUUAUGGCAUUCCAGAGAAUUUAAUCUCAAUUACUCAAAUUUCACACCUUUUUGAUUUUCCAGUCUUGUAAUUUCUGUGACCCACUUUAUCAAAUGAUCCAACUUUCCAGUAAAGAAAAUUGAUAUGCUACCUCUGCCUAAAAAUGGUAACUGUAAAUCUUGAGAUAUUAAUGAUGCACAAUCACUCCAGCUCAGAUAUUGCAAAGCAAUGCCAUGGGUCAUUUACUUUGUUGACAUUAAGCUCAGUGUUGAUCCAUAUCGAAUGAGAAUCUGACAUACAAACAUAGAAAGGUUAAGCAUUCUUUAAAUUAGUUGUUAGGGCAUAACUAAGGUGCCAAAGUGAGACAUCUUUCAUAUGUUUUCAGUAGUAGUGUAGUAAUAUUGUAGGACGAAAUUAAAUUUUUCUUUUGUGAGGGAAGGGGGAUUAGAUGCUAGUCUUUGCCCUCAAUUCAUUCCAUUUUUUCUUUAUCUUCUUUUUUAAACUUUAUAACUGUCAGUAAAACAGCCUACAAGGGAAAAGUUGCGCGCCAUUGUAACUUGGCUCUAGUUUUACUACUGCAUUAAAGUUGACUAGAUAUAUUUUUUAGAAAUAGUUUUAGUUUUCAGAUUGGUAGAUUAGUUAAGGCUAAGUUAGGGAAGUGUCUUUUUCAUAUAUAAAUAACUAUAGUACAAUAAUUUGUACAUGCAUAAUUGUUAAAAUCAUUUACAAAGAUACAUGCAUACUAACAAUAGGAACCCAAGACCAUUGGCUUUACACAAAUUGUAUACAGUUAUGAACUUGAAUAUUAACCUCUUCAGCAGUUUAGAAAGCCUGAUAUACAAAUUACUUAAAUCUUUGUGCCUCAUUUGAUAACUGUGAGAGGAUGGUAUUCAUGUUUUUGUAUACUGAUCCAGCAUAAUUUACCUUUUGUUAAUCAUUAGUGUCUUUUUGAAAAAUCAUCUUUUUUUAAGUCUAGAUAGGGUUUCUCAAGAUUUUUGUUUUGUAGUACAUUUCCUUUGAUACCAAUCCAAUAUUCAUGGCAUACCAGUGGUUGUGGUGUUGUGAGAAAAUGGGGGGCAAACAACAUAUGGUUUAUGAGGAGAGGACAAAGGUGUUUAUAAAAAAGUGAUAUAAAAUAUACUUUAUUUCCUGUGGAAA